AUGGAUGAACAAGGCAUUGCGCCUACAAAAAAACUACCUCUUGGCUUCACAUUUUCCUUCCCUUGUAAGCAACAAGGUUUGACGAGCGCGAGGCUAAUUAGAUGGACAAAAGAGUUCAAUUUGACUGGUUGUGAAGGAGAGGACAUUUGCGCAAUGCUAAAAGAUGCUUGUAAUAGACGGAACGACAUCAGUCUUGAUUUUGUGGCUCUCCUUAAUGACACUGUGGGAACAUUAAUGGCAUGCGCUUUCAAAGAAAAUACAUGUCAGAUAGGAAUAGUCAUUGGUAAUGGAACUAACGCGUGUUACAUGGAACAACUCGACCGAGCUCCGAAACUCCAAGCAGAAUUAGCAGAUGAUGGAUUACCUGAUGAGAUUAUUAUAAACACCGAAUGGGGAGCUUUCGGAGAUGAUGGCGCUCUGAAAUUCAUCUACACGAGUUUUGAUCUCCAAGUCGACCAAGGAAGUCUCAAUCCAGGCAAACAAACUUUUGAGAAGAUGAUUUCCGGCGUUUAUAUGGGCGAGCUAGUUCGUACAAUACUGGAAUCGUUAGCGAAGGAAAACCUUAUUUUUGGUGGUGAACUAGAAGAAAUCUCAAGAAAGGGAUGUUUCAAGUCAAGAUAUGUCUCGGAUAUUGAAGAGGAUCUUCUUGGUGAAGAUGAAAAGACUUUCCAAACAACCAAUAAAAUACUCUCUGAAUUAGGAGUGAGAAAUCAGUGUUUUGCAGAUUGUGCCAAUGUUGCAAUGCAACGACCAAUGGUAACAGUAGGAAUAGACGGAUCCAUCUACCGAUACCAUCCUCUUUUCCCAAAACUGCUCGACGAUAAGAUUGCAGAGCUAAUCGACGAAAAUCUCAGAUACAAGCUGAUGUUGUCUGAAGAUGGAAGUGGAAUUGGUGCAGCUGCAGUAGCCGCUGUUGCAGUUCGUAUGAAGGAGCCAAAAGAGGAGGAAUCUGAAAGUGAAAAUAUAGAAAAUUGA